CGAUUAUUUAUCGUUGAUACUUAUACCUCAACGAUCAGUAUAUGGUCCAUAUGAUCACAAUGAUAGGGAGAGUUGCGGUCCGCCCGAGCGCUUUUCUUCUAAGUCCAUGAGGCAUGAUGAAACCAAGCCGCAACUACACAUGAAGCGCUCGUCACGGCCAUGGCCAGCGGCCAAUCAUGGAAAGCCUCAACCUCAGAAGUCUGAGCCAGUGCGCAUUCCCAUCGAUCCGUCGCUGUCUCAGGAGCGAUCACAAGCCAUCGCCGUCAAUUCCCCGGCUGUCGAGACUCAAUCUCCGGAGUCCCAUGCUACCAGUUUCGAGUCCGUUUUGUCAUCUCUCGCCGAUCCGAUGCCCUCAGACCCCAAACCAAUGAAGCCAGAAGUCGAGGCAGCGGCCCGAAAGAUUCAGUUCACAUGGCGAUCUCGCGCUGCUCGCCGCACCGCUCUCUCCAGAAUUGCUGCACUUCGCUCUCAGUAUGACAGUAUUCGCGACUCCUUCGCUCUCCCUGAACAUCCAGACUUCGCCCGUUCUCCAUCCGGCUCUCCGUCUCCCUCCCCACGCUCAUCGAUCUCUCACCCACCACUCCUAUACACGAAGACGAACGCUCCGAUACUUGCGCACGAAGAAGCGUUGACACGCCUUCUAACCAAGCUCGACGCCGUUGAAUCGAACGGUGACCACAAAGUUCGCAAUGCAAGGAGAGCAUUGGCGAAGGAUGUCGAGAAGCAUUCCAAUGAUCUCGAGUUGCAGAUGAGCCUGAAAUGGGAUGAACUGAGCCGUUCCGAGUCGGAGAAUGAGUGUGCCGUAGAUGAUUCAGAAAUGGACGCUGAAAAUGAUCACGAGGCACAGGUCUUGGCACCUGAGGGCGGGUUCGAACCGCUUGCCGCACCAGCUGAGGGACCGAACUCUACAGUCUCAGAGAACGGAACCGUUCCUGCUCCGCAGGGUGAGAUAACAAAACAUUCGUCGUCUUUGCCCUCAAAACUCGAUGACUCCCCCGCCGCUCACUCGGAGGAUUCGAUGGUGGAAUCUGACAUCUCAUUAGCCCGGGACUCUACCGUAUCUUCCGACUCGGACAGCGACUCUGACCGUCAAGAUGAGUGGGAUGAGAUGGUGGUCGAACUGGGCAUCAACCCAGAGGAAGAUUGGGUGGAUGUCCAAACAGAGUAAUUCCAUAUUAGAUUUUCGUAUGUCUUAUGGACUAUAUAUUCACCUGCCUGCAGACCUGCCUAUACAAUACUAUCGUGCAUAUCGUCAAUUUCUUCGUUGCCGCAAGUUGUCAGAAGCCAGUCCGCAU